GUUAAGUGAGUAUAAAGCCUUAACACUGUAGACUUAAGGCUGUUUCGCUCACUCUCGCGCGCUUUCUCUCUCUCAUUCAUUCCUACGUGUGGGCUCACACGCCUGCUCUCCUCUCUCUCUCUCUCAGAAUGACAAUUCUAGGUAUAGCUUUUGGUAUUGUUUUCUGCUUACUUCGAGUCGUUUCUGGAGAAAGUGGCUAUGCACAGAAUGGAGACUUGGAAGACGCGGAGCCAGACUACUCGUUCUCCUGCUACAGCCAGCUGGAGGUGGACGGCUCCCAGCACCUGCUCAGCUGUGCUUUGGAUGACCCGGACGUCAACAGCACCCACCUGGAAUUUGAAAUAUGUGAUGGCCUUUUGGUUGCAGGGUGCCUGAAUUUUAUUAAACUGCAAGAGAUAUAUUUCAUCAAGACAAAUAAAUUCUUACUGAUUGGAGACAGCAAAAUAUGUGUGAAGCUUGGACAAAGGAUCUUAACUUGCAGGAAAAUGAACAUAGUCCAUAUAGUUAAACCUGAGGCUCCUUUUGACGUAAGAGUCAUCUAUCGUGAGGAAGCAAAUGACUUUGUGGUGACAUUUAAUACAUCACACUUGCAAAAGAAAUAUGUAAAAAAUUUAAUACAUGAGGUAGCCUACCACCAGGAAAAAAAUGAACAUGAUUGGAUGCACGUGAAUUUGUCCGGUACAAAGCUGACACUCCUGCAGAGAAAGCUACAACCUGAUGCCAUGUAUGAGAUUAAAGUCCGAUCCAUCCCUACUGAUUAUUAUAAAGGCUUCUGGAGUGAAUGGAGUCCAAGUUUCCACUUCAGAACUCCAGAGGCCAAGGGCCCAGGAAAGAUGGAGUCUGUUCUACUAAUAGUCAGCAUUCUGAGUUUCUUCUCUGUGGCUGUGAUGGUCAUCUUGGCUGGUGUGUUAUGGAAAAAAAGAAUUAAGCCUAUUGUAUGGCCCAGUCUCCCUGAUCAUAAGAAGACUCUGGAGCAACUGUGUAAGAAACCAAAAAAGAAUUUGACUGUGAGUUUCAAUCCUGAAAGUUUCCUGGACUGCCAGAUUCAUAAGGUGGAUGGCAUUCAAGCUAGAGAUGAAGUGGAAGGCUUUCUGCAAGACACAUUUCCUGCACAACUUGAGGAGUCUGAGAAGCAGAGGCUUGGAGGGGGUGUGCAGUGCCCCAACUGGCCAAGCAAGCAUGCAGUCAUCACCCCAAAAACUUUCAGAGGAGAUGCAUCCCUCAGGUGCCUGGCUGGGAAUGUCAGUGUGUGUGGUACCCCUGUACUCCCCUCCUCCAGGUCCCCAGAGUGCAGGGAAGGUGGCAAGAAUGGGCCUCAUGUGUACCAGGGCCUGCUGCUUGGGCCUGGAACUACAAAUGCCACCCUGCACCCUCCAUUUCCUUUCCAAUCAGAAAUCCUGACAUUGAACCCAGCUUCCCAGGGUCAGCUCCUCCUCACUCCCUUGGGAUCAAACCAAGAAGAAGCAUAUGUCACCAUGUCCAGCUUCUACCAAAACCAGUGAACUGUAAGAAAUCAGGGACUGGAACCAAGUGAACAACAAAAAUGAUUGAGCUCCUCCCACUCUCCCUCACAGCAUGAAGAAGACAAAACUAAUGCAACCCUCUCUGUAACAUACAGGAUUUGGAAUCAUCGCUCCCCCACACCUCCCUCGCCACUUUCAGUGUGUGGCAGGAGCAUUCUGCUUCAGAUAUCCAAAGGAUUCAAUUAUUUCAGAAACUACAAAAAGCAGAAUAAAGGGUGGAGGAAAGGAUGGAGAUGGAGGGGUGAGGAAGGUAGGAGGGAGGAAGGAAGGUGAGGAGGACAAGAAGAAGAGCUGCUAUUAUAGGACUUGCUGAGUGUCCAGUACUGUGUCGGGCUCAGCAUGUCUCCCUGCAUCCUCACCACUAUCCUGGGAGAUGGGAGCAAUUCUUAUUCUUAUUAUUUUCUCUGUUACAGAUGAUGAAACUGAGGCUUAAAGUAACUUGUCCAUGCUUCCCACUCAGCCAGGGGCAGAGCCAAAAUUUGAUGCCCAGAGUCUAAGGGCAGUCUCCCUGGAGCCAUGUGCCUUCCCCCUAACUAGGAGUUGUCCCAUUCCUGAGUGCCCACCCUCACUAAUAACAGGAUGACUAUAUAAUUCAAGUCCAAACUGGAUCACUUUUGAAAGUGAAAGAAGUUAUAAAUAACUAGAUGCCUGAUGCACAAAAUUUGUUCAAGAGUAGGCUUCCUUCCCCCGGCUGCCUGGCACCGGCUCCCCUCUGGCACCCAGAACCUGAGCUUCCCUCCAGCCGCCGGCAGGCACCUGGGACCAGGGCUUCCCUCGUAGCACCGGCUUUAUCCAGAAGGUCAUCUGGAAGGACGUCUGGAAGGAAAUCCAGUCUAAUUAGCAUAUUAUGUUUUUAUUAUUAUAGGUUACUCCAAGACAAUAAGCAUAAACUGGGGGUGUCCCAGGCAAAUGGGGACACAGCGUCACCAGAACCAAAAAAGCUAUAGGGAAGAGAAUAGGGGAGAAAUGGUGUCAGGAUAUGUGGAGUACCAGGCAUGGCCUACCAUGUCUGCAAAAAGUGAAUGCCACAAAGCCCAUUUCGUUUUGUGUUGUGUUGUGUUUUGGUUUGUGGUUUUUUUUUUAAUUACCCUGGAGGGAGGUGGUAAAUGAGAAGCCCUGGAUUUCUAUUGUUGGUUAUCAAGAGCCCAAUCCUCUUGCUACCACUCCCAGAUGCACUUAUGGAAGGAAGAAAAACCUGCUGUCCACUCUGGUCACCCCAGAGCAUGGUAGCAGCGAAGGGGGAAUAAUCCUUCUGUGUGUAUAGAGGCAGCCCCGACCCAGUUUCAUCCUCAAACUGCCCAAGCUCUGCAGCCAUCGAUGCUGCCACAGACUUCAAGGAGAUGGAGUUACAAUAAGCACGUGCAGCAUGGGGAAGUGAAGAUGGACAGGUUUUGGUUGGGGCUUGUUGUCAUUUACCUUUUGUGUGUUUUUUCUUUGUUCUGAUUUGAAUUUGUCUGGGGGAGGUUGUUUUUAAUUUUUGAUUUUUGCUGUUUCGUUUUGGAAUGUCUGUGAAGGGAGUUUCAAGGGUGGACUAACGGAUACUAUCUAUUGGCUUAGACCCAACAGUUAUCAGAGCAUCUAUUCUUCAGCUGGUUCUUACUUUCCAAGUCCUUUUCUCUGAAUCAGUAGUAAUGAAUAUAAUCCCGUCAUCGCUCAGAUUUGCUUCAUGCCUGUGAUCGUCACAGGACCUCCAUGAGUGAUAUCUCUUUCCUUUCCUUGACAAGUAUUCAUGAAAAGCCUGCUAUGUGCAAACCACAGGGUUAGGAACAAGAGAUCUAAGCCGAAUAAGGUUGGGGCCCUGCUCUCAUUCAGUGAAAAAUGUAAUGAAAGUGGCAGCUUUGUAAACAAAUGGUUAUAAUCAUAUGAAGUGCUAUCAUGGAGGCAUGUGCACAGUGCCUGCUGGCGACAGAGACAAUACCACAAUACACCAGCAAGGAGGAAACGCAGAGCCUGCGCACGUGAGCGGAAGACUUUUCCACCAGAUGGGCGUGUGUUCUUCACCCUUUGCAGAAAUGGGAGCCACGGUGACCUCAAAGAGGAGAUGGGUCAUCCCAGGAAACCUCCCACCCAACCUGGCUCUUUUGCCCCCUAUUCAGAGAGGCCCUCUGAAGUCUUUGUUGUCAAUAUCUCCAACUUAUGAAAAAAUGGAGACACAGAAGGCAGGUAAAUUACUCGGUCUUCCAUGUUAAGUCAGGACUAGAAGCCAUAAGUUUGCAUCCCUGAAAAAACAGACAAUCUCUUAAAGAAAUGAGGAGAGAAGUUGAGCCCCUCCAGGUUCAAAAUCUUUCAGUGUUGUUUGGCAUAGGUAAUAAUUUGAAUUUAGUGUGAGAUUGCCUGUCUGUUCCUGGAAGCCUUUAUAAACCAUGUAUCAUACUCAUAAUCCUCACUGCUGCUAAUGCUUGAAUAUAUAUAUAUAUAUAUAUAUAUAUAUAUAUAUAUAUAUAUAUUCCCUGAGACAACAUAUGAUGUAAGGAAACAAAUUUUCUCUGAUCAACCACACUUUGGAUUUUUAUUAAGCAAGAAAAAUUUCUGAUCAGAGACUAUGUGUGAAUGAGAGAUGAAAACUGCUAGUUCUGUAGAGCAAGAAAUGAAAAGAAAACUGAUGGAGAGACAGCGGAAGUUGGUCAAUAAAACAACCUAAAGUAGGGAGCCCUGCUUAUUUGGUUGAUUUUCUACCCGCUUUUGCCUCUCCUGUCACCCUGGCUUCCAUGGGAAUUUGCUUCAGAAAGCCGAGAGUUGGCUGUUUCAGAUGCAUAUGCUUGUGUUUUCAUAGCAUUGCUAGAGGGGCUUUGAGAUCGAAGUAGCCAGGAAGAUGGGAACAAUCCGUGGAUGGACAAUUGGAACCAUACAGAUCUGAUAGCAUUUCUGCCAGCUCAGUAGGUGUUUUUUAUUGGGGGAGGGGGUGGGGGGUGGAGGGGUUAUUCUUGUAAACAUCCACUGUUCACUACAGUAAACCUUCCUCAUUUGACCAUCUACUUUCCACAUGCAUUACAAACAUUUUUGCAGAGCUGCUAAGUAUAUAAGUCUCUGAUAUUUAAUUAAAUGCUAUGAAACUCUC